AUGAGCUGGUGUCAGCACCAGCAAGGAACGGCAUGCACCCUCCAGACCACAGCCACCGCGCUGGCACUGAGACCAGUACAUAGCACCAGUAUGACGGGAUGGAAGGUGCAGCUUUAUGUGCUCUCUGCUGGUCUCAACCACCACUCAGACCGAUAUUUGUCUCUCGGCUCGCCACAGUUCAGCCUCUCUGCUGAUAUAAAAGCCGACUGUGGCGUGACUCACAAACGCAGAAUAAAGGAUCAAAUUCUCGUGGCUCACCCUCUGACCCUGCUAACACACAGACGUACCCUGACACACCUGUUCGGGCAGGUACGCCGGUGAUGAGAGCUUGUGUCAUUUGUUGUGUGCAGACGGGCUCGGACUGAUUCUGACGGUCUUUUCAUGUUACAUAACCAAACCUCAGGCUGAUGAAAAGCAUGGAAAUGAACCUGAUGAAGAACCGGAGCAGGGUUACAGUUCUGUGAACCGUCCAAACCGAAGACACAGGUGUUAUGUAAAGGUUUUGGAAACACGUCUUACUGUCUUUGUCAAGAUUUCCUCGAAAAUAAAAACACUGCAAAGAUUUCCUGAGAGGAAAGACAGAUUUACGGAGGAAUUAAAGUCCAUUAUGCAAGUCCUGUACUGUAACUGCUGAACUCAAGGAUUCCAGUGAAGUCUGUCUUUUUAAGAACUGGGUUUAGAGUUAGCAUUUCCAGUAAAUUACAAGUGAAAACCACUGGACUCCGGCUGUCGGUUCACCACAGAGAUGUGUUUCCUCUUUCAUUGUGUUAACAGCUUCCAGAGACCAGAUUCAACAAGAGUGAAGACAGAGAGAAAGAGAGUGAAGUGCUGUAG